AUGGUUUCACCAUCUCAAGGCGCUGCUGCUACGGCUGCAUCUAUCGCUGCUAGCGCCCCAGAAACCGCUGCACAGACUUCGGCCUCUGCUGCCGAGACCACCAGCGAAACACCUGCCCCCCAACCUACCACUUCUUCAACCUCAACGACCUCUUCGUCUUCGGCUGCUCCCACCACCACCACUUCAACUGAGCCGACUACCACCAGUACCACUACGAGCAGUACUAGUAGCACGUCCACACCCGCGCCUACCACGUCGACCCCAGAGCCUACGACUACUUCGUCCACUACCACUUCGUCCACUUCUUCUACUACUUCUUCCACUACAUCCGCCCCAUCCACCACUUCAAGUGCCCAGGAGACAACGUUUACAUCGACACAGGGAACCACUGUAGUUGUUAUCACGUCCACCCAAACACCGACUAACACUGCUGCCACGUCUGCCACCUCUUCCAGCGCCACCAAUUCGGCCGCGCUCGCAACCUCCACCUCAGCAGCAAGUUCAGGUGGUCUUUCCCCUAGUGGAACAAUCGCCGUUGCAGUCGUUGUCCCAGUUGUCUCGGUGGCAUUGAUUAUCUUGGCGCUGCUCUUCUUCUGGCGUAAGCGCAAGGCAAACAAGGCGGCCGAGGAGGAGCGCCGCAAGGAAGUAGAGGAGUACGGAUUCAACCCAAACAACGACCCAACCCUUCCCGGUAUUGGAGGCGCUGUUCUCCCCAAGGACGACCAAUCCUCCGGCUACCGCGGCUGGGGAACCACCUCUGCCGGGCGCAAGGCGUCCACCAACCUCUCCAGUGGAAUGGGUGGCCUGGCCGUGUCGGAAGGAAGCAGCCCCGGUUAUCACCACGGUGCAACACCCAGCGAUGGCACCGUUCAAUACUCCGAAGGUACUCGUCCCGACUCCGGCGAGAUUGUUGAACCCAUCGGUGUGCUGGGUGCCGCCCCAGUCGCUGCGAACAACCGCAACGGUGACAUCCACCGCGGUCCCUCCAAUGCAUCCUCUGCUUACUCCGCAGCCAACCGUUCCGACGCAUCGGAGGAAAGCCACAUGUCCGCUGUCCACCCCUCAGCUGGCUACUACGGUGAGAACCCGUACUAUGGCGACAUGAACACGCACGGCGCAUACGGUGGCGACGACUACCAGCCUGUGAUCCGCGAUGUUCAGGCGCGCCGUAAUACCCGCAUCGAGAACCCCGGUGUUUAUCCACGACAGGGUAAUGCUGGUAUUGCGCAGAACUUUUGA